AUGGGUCGCAAAGAUUUCAACGCCGAUCUUCAGCAAGCAAAGAAAGCAUCCUUCAGCAAUGUCUCUUGUGUUCAGGCUGGCGAGAGUGACGGCCUGCUGGCAUUCACCUUCUGCUACCCAGACCUGCGCCCUCUGGAAGUAGUAAUAAUGGCAAAAGAUAUCGACGCAUACCCAGGAAAAGCCGACUAUUUCCUGUUCGUUGCCUCGGACGAGCCUGACCCUCACAUUGUGAGCUUCCUGCAGGAUCUCGUUGCCUUCUCCAACAAGAAAACUCUACCCCAAAUUGUCCAUUUUGUAUCAGCCAACCUCACGGCGCAUUUGGUAGAGCCAUGGGGGGAGAGCUGGCUCAGAGUCGGCAUCUUAAGAAUCGCUCGGCUGCGAAGACUUCUGCUUAUAAAGACGACUGGCGGAUAUCCCAUUCCGGAAAUCUACAUUCAAAAUCGUCUUCAAGCUGAGACGUUCCAGUUUGAGCUUGGUCCGUGCGAGGAGGCCAAGCCGACAGCGGCAUCUGCUGAGCAAGUAUUCCAAACAUCCAGGGGCAGGGGACUGAAUGACACGAGGAAAGGUGCCUUCGAGCCUUUCUAUAUGUUUCAGUACAUCUCACGCACGUUAACAAAUGAUCUCCCUGCUCUUCUCCAUCGCCGACGACAGAACAACGUCUCAUGGCUCGCUGCCUUGCACGGCCUGCGCUCCUACGGCGGAAAGACUACGUCGCAGGCUUGUGCGGCACCCUGGAACGACACGGCGAGCCAGCCCUUGGUUCUUCAGCAGGACCAUGCGCUGGAGCCACUAGGACGCUUGAGCAUACCUUUGGUGGCCAUGCAACAUGCGCUGCAAUUGCUCUUGCGAUGCGGAAGGUAUUGUGUCAACUGCUAUCGAGCCAUGGACGAUGGUUUCCAAAGUAUGAGACCUUACGUCUGCGACAUUCCGCUCUGUCUCGACCACUAUGUCUCCCUCAACCAGGGGCCAGGUAUCGAGCAUGAAAUUAUCCACAGUCCCUACGUCGUGGAUCUGCCGCCGGCGAGACGGAGCCAGUCUUUUGGAAUGCCAGACGCAGAUGAGCCGUGGAGUCUGAAUAUGUACGCGUAUGCAUUCUGCGAUGACCUGUACAGCCUUGAGCCGGAUGAUCGCCCUACGGCGUUGACACUGCUGACAUUGGGAAUACCGUCUGUGCUCAGGAUGAGGGAGUUCCUUUUGGCGCAUCCAGAUCGAUUGCUCUCCGAUGCCACAGAGAUUAUUGACCAAAACACAUACCGUCUGCUUCUGUGGAUCGUGGCUUCAAAUCGGUCGCUCAUUGGUCAAGACGAUCUCGUCCCGCCGGCCGGGCCCGUUGCAGAGGGUUCGAAUAGUCAGCCGAAUAAGGUGUUAGGGGCCCCUAAAGGAUGGCUUCAGUUUCGGUUUGUCCAAGGCAGCCCCGAGAAGGAGCAACGCUUCAGAAUGAACGGGCGGUCCUUCGGCGAUGGCGUGUACUUGAGCAAGAUAUUCAACACCAGUAUGAUCUACUCGCUAAGGGCUGCCCCAUCAGAAACAUGGCCAACCUCUGUACUCAGAGUCAACGCUGCCCUGUCUAUCUGCGAAUUGGUCAACAGGCUGGACCCGUUUAUCGCCAAGCAUCCCCAUUUCGUCGUCGACCACAUAGAAUGGAUUCAAUAUCGUUUCCUUCUCGCCCAGGUGUCGCUUACAGACAAGGCUCGACAGCUCCCGUUUCCAACGCCUCCCAAGCGCUCCUCAGAGGGAUACAUUCGCCAAGAUCCAGAAAUGACUCCGCUCGGCCCCAAUGGACUGGCUCUCCGGAUUCCAACCUUCGAUGAGGCCCUGCCCCUUGCCCGAGAUAUGAAAGCCAAGAGGUGCAACAGCAUCAUGCUAGAGGUCUUUGCAGGUGCUGAUUAUCGUCUUACACCUCCCUUCGUCCGCGUCGUCCGCCCUCUCUUCUUGGAGUUCGCCCGCGGCGGUGGCGACCACGUUACUACGGGAGGGGCUAUCUGUGCCGAGCUGCUCACCAGCUCGGGCUGGAGCCCGGCAUUGAGCAUCGAGAAGGCUCUGUUCCAGGUCAGGCUUGACUUGUGCGACACGGAGCGGCCGGCGAGGUUGCGCAGCCUCUCCGCGAGUGACAAGGCGUGCUACAGCAUCUCCGAGGCUGUACGGGCCUACAAGCGCGUGGCAAACACUCAUGGCUGGGAAAUCUCAACCGAGCUGGCGACAAUGGCGAGUGCAUGGGUAUUAGUGUAA